UUACCAACCCCAGAAGCGGAACACGAACAAGUAAAAAGAAAUUAUUUUUUGCAUCAUUCGGAAUCUCCAUCUCGUCGUACUACUUUCAUCAAGACCUUCUUGCUCUAAGUGUAACAAGGAGAACCAACGGAGAACCUACACAGUUCUCGUCCUGACAACGGAGAACCAACAACUUAAGUAAAUCUGAAGUAUAAAUCAACGAGUUUGAAAUUGAUACGUUUCCAGAACAUCAACACUCUCGACACACAGGUGAAGAAAUUGAAGUUCAAAUUUCACAUCGCAGGGCUUGCCGGGUCUCCUAGCUUCGGACACCCAGCAUCGGGGGUUCUGCUAGACCGCGAAAAUGGGAGGUAAUAAAUUAUGGAUUGCAAAAGUGUCUGGGUCUGGAAAGUUGGAACUUGUAAUGCUGGUCUUGCAUUUCUGUGAAAUCUGUAUUGCAUGACCAACAAAAGUGGUAGCCUCCCAUGUCAUACAAAAACGCAGCUUGUCAUGCGGAGUUCGUAUGAGAAAGCGUACUGCAAACUUGUCAUGCUUUCCUGCAUAAGGUAGUGACUUCCUCUUGCACACGACCCAGACAUUUUUGCAGUUGAUAUAAAUCCUCGCAGAACAAUAACAAUUUGCCUUCCGGGCGGAACAAGAUAUCCUCCGUGAAAAACGCCCCAACCUCCCCAAUAAAGUUGUCGUGAAAAAAAUCUGUAAAUCUUCAGGGUAAGCUGAUCGAUUUCUCAUCAUGUGGCUGCACUAGUGAAUCAUCAGAUUACAAUCCUAGUACAACAGGCCCACAGCACGACUUGUCAUGCGCAACAGCUAGAGCUUGUUGCUUUGUGGCGCCCAUCUUGACACUGGGAUGCUGGGGAGGUUUUCACACAGGAUAGAAGAUGGCACCAGGCGGGCUUAAGACGAUGCUGUGUUUCAGCUAUCAAACAAAAAAAGUUCGUCACGAUCUCACUCAUGCGCAUUUUUGCAAUACAAAACUGUCUCCUGUCAUGCGUAUUAGAAAUGCAUCACAGUCGAGCUUAUUUCUGCUCGAAGACUCGGAUUUCUCUUGUGUGUGUGCCUACAGAACAAGAAGAAGGGAACCUGCAAAGAUGCAGGAAAAAUUUGUCACGCACCGAAACCUGCAAGUUAGUGAUAGUGACUACGAACUCCAACUCUUGUCUUUCUAUAUCAGCGCCGCCACGACUUUUAAUGUUAUGCCCGGCGCGCACGGGCUUCUGCGGGUGAUGAUGGAAACAAAGAAAAAGAAGAGUGCAAGUAGCAACAAAUUCGCGGCGGCGCGGGAGAACCAGUAUCUGAAAAUGCUGGGCGACGUUUCGACUUCUGUCCAAGACCUUCGCACGCAACUUUCCCAGCAUGCCACGGCUAUCGGCAGCAUGCAGACGAUAUGCAACACAAAAACUGUGUGAGUGUAAGUCUGUGAUGCAGAGAAUGCAAAACAGUAAUAUGCUUGUCAUUCUGGAUGUGCGUCAUAGAAGACUACUAACUUUCAUACGUGUUUUCACGUACGAGCUGCGCAUCGCAGGUUUUUUCUGUAAUGCACAAGGAAUUUGUGAUGCUGUUGCUGUUCUUCCUACAAAAUUACACUUACACAGUUUUUUUCUUGGAUAGUCUAAAGAAGUGCAUCAGCAGAAGCAAAUCGACUACUUGACGGGGCUAUGCAUUGCAAAUGUGUCUGGGUCUGGAAGGUUGCAAAUUUGUGAUGCUGUCUUUGGAUUCUUAGAAAAUUUGUGAUGCUAUUGCUAGGUCAUCGAUUGCAGGCAUCCAGGGUCAAGAUUCAAAAUAUGCAUGACAAACCUGGCAAUAUUCCAGACCCAGACAUAUUUGCAUUUGAUACGGGCAUUUGAAUCAAUUGAAGCGCAGCAUUGACAUAUCGCAAGAAAAAACUGUUUCACUGUGAACUUGUGACGCAGGAAAUGGAACACGACACUCUUUGUCUUGCUACACAUGCAAGACAUAGGAUAAUUUUCAAGCAUAUGUUUUCACUUGGAAAGCGCGCAUGGCAAAGUUUCGGUGUCAUGUGUACACAAACUUGCGACGAAGAUCUUGUAAAAGAAUCACAGUGAAACACGAUUUCCCGACGAUAUUAAGGCCUCGCGUUUGGCGACGCCGAGAAAUGCGCGGCGGAGAUCAUGAACCCGACGAGCGGAAGCCACUUUGCGGUGUACACCUGGAAUCGUGCCCCGCACACCUCUAUGGAUUGCAAAUAUGUCUUCUGCGUCUGGAAGAGUAUCAAGUUUGCCUUGCGGUGCAGCUUGUUUUGCAUGACCCGGAAGGAGCAAGUCUGGAAUGCGAGCCGUAGCGUCUUCACAAGUUUUUGGAAGGCUCCUCGAUGUUGCCUAUCCUGUGCAUGAGAAAUGUCGCCUCGUCCAGGUGACCAAAAUUGGGUGGCUUUUGCUACACAUGCCAUACACAUAUUUUUGUUUCCACCUCAAGUAGAUGUUGUAACAACAUCUAGCGUCAAUUUUCACAAACUCAGACUGUUCCAGAUUCAGGCACUUUUGCAGUUAAUAACGUCCAGUCCGGAGCCCCUGGAGCCCGGGCUGCCCCUGGAGAAGCGACUGAAAGCAGAGGAGACCAAUCUUUGGCACGAGAGAUACGACCUUUACCCCGGGGACACGAAAACCGUUCGCGCCUUUGACGGGCAGAGUAAACAGUGUGACACGUUUCGGAUAUUCGUCGUUCGCCAGAACAGCUAUCAUUUGUAAAAACGUCCCCACCCCAUAGUCAAGUUGGUAAAUCUGCAACACAAAUCUCCAAGUUAUGGGAGUUUUGCAUGACAAGUUUCUAUCUGUAGUGUCGUGCUGUUUGGCAAGGGCAGACGCAUGAGAAGGCCAGCUUCUCAUCCCGUUUACAGCAUUUUUACAAGGUCCAAAACAGGAUUGGAAAUGCCUCUCAUGCAGAUCCUCAUUACAAAAACUAAUGUUGCUCUCAUUGCGCAUUUGCAUGACAACUCUGGGGGAGGCAAACGCAAAGGGUGUCGCACUUCUGUUUAGCAUGACAACUCUGGGGUGGAUACGUUUUUUCAUAGGAUAACAGCCGCAACAUAUUCACGCGCAAGUACAGCGACAAAAUGAUGCAGCUGGAAAACGGCAAAUCCUACGUGAUUAUGGCGCCCAAUGAAGUCAUGCUCCAGGGUAUGGAAGCGUCAGGAUGGAAAUCGACAAAGUAUGGAUGAAAUAAUUUCUCAUGCACAAAAUCGAUAACAGUUUUUAGAGCCAAACUGUAUAGUCGGCACAUGACAAAUUUUCCCUCCGCCGGAAGCGAAUCUGUCACGCUGUUUAGGGCAAGGAGCUCCCCUCUGUCAUGCUAGUCAGCAUGCAGGCGCAGCCCAAUUUUUGACCCUUAGCAGGGCUAUGAUCUGCCUCCUUUGCAUUUUCUGCAAUAGAGGCACCCUCUGCGUCGCAUUUUAUGCAUUGCAAAUCAUUUUAACUAUGGCGAUUUCGAUUCUGACACGACUCCCAUAACGGGCGAAAUGGCCCUGCGGCAGCAAACAUCGGGAGGAGCCAUCACUCCCUCGACCGCUGUCCCGUCUACUGUGAGGAAAAAUCCCCCCUCCCUAUACUGAAAAGGUAUAUUUCUGAAAAUUUGCGAUGCUGAUUUGUGGCCGCAAAUCCUGCGUCUGCCUCUCUUGCAAGAGGGCAAACUCAGAAACUCUGCCACGAUAUGCAGGCGAUUUGUAAUGCUGAAAGGCCUACAGGGCAGACGUCUGCCAUGCUAGGCCCCUACACCAAAGGGCCCCCCCUUAGGCUUACGAUCUGCCUGCAGUGCCUUACUGCAACACAAAUGUGAUUUGUGUACUCAAAUACAGCAACACAAAUUUCGUUUUCGAUAUGGGGAAGGGGGAUUUUUCCUUUUGAUACCGUCUGGGAGCGCUUCAGUUGCGUCCGACACGGAAGAUGAUGCUGCUGCGCCUGAUGCAUAUCAAGCUCUGCGUGGUGCUACGACUCCAUUUGACGAUGAUCAAAUGCCGAUGCCGUCUGCUCCGCCGGGUGCUCCAACUCCAAUUCCGUCUGGCCCUCCGGAAAACCGUUAGAAGGCGAUGGAGAUGCCCAAGACGAUUAAACCGAAAAAUAAACUCAACCGACGUCGAGGUAAAAAGACAAACUCAACCGUCGAAGCGCGUGCUUGACGUGACCACAUAAAAUAUGAGUCGGCUCGACACAAAUUAUGAGGAAUUUUUACGCGGCAAAAACUAUAACUACGUUGUGACUACUUGAUAGACGCGCCGUCAGUUCUUUUGCUAGUAUACUUUAUCAUAAGCAAAUGCAUCACCAUCACUCGUCACACUUUCAGAAAAAAUAAUUUCGUCGAUUUCUUUACGUGAUCAGGAACAGGAUCACAAGGAAUUUUCAUCAACAGAGUGUGAUGGUGUUGCGAAGAAACGAACACAGUUCAAGCGUAAGUUACCUUUUAAACGCAAAAAAUCUAUAAAUGAAAAUCGAGGAAGAUGUCGAGGUACAAGCCCAAUCUGCAUGAUGUGACCACGUAGCGGGUCAUCUGACAGAAAUAUAUCGAUAAUUUUUUUGUAACUUCACUAGACUAUAUUUUGGGUCCAGAAAAAAAAAAUAAAAUAUCACGCAAGGAGAAAAGUCAAAGCUGUUAAGGAGAAAAGUCCUGCCAAGGAGAAAAGUCCAGCCAAAAGAAAAAAGCCCGAGCGCGCAACAGCUCGCGCGGUGUGGGGACUGGUCCCGCUCUUUUUCGUGAGAAGUGGCAUCGGAGAAAGUCACCGUGACAAAUUUCGCCCCUAGCGUUCAAACUUUCUGUAGCGUGUCCCAACCUCCGCACUUGUUAGUCGGGAUGAUUAUGUUGGGGGCGCACGAAGUAGGGCAGUUUUUGCGCCCCCGCACCAGUGCAAGGGUUUCCAACCAGGUAUGAAAGUAAUGGCGCACGGGUGCGCGUUUCGUCGAUUUCUUGCGACGAUACUUUUCAGGCCGCAGGAUGUUUGGAUCUAUUUUCACCAAGAAUCUGCGCGAUUCAUCGGCCCCCUUCUCAAUUCCGAGAAGGGGGCGGAUGGCGGAUUCUGGCUGACGUUGCUCCCGGUCCCGCAUCCCGAAGUCAAGGGGCUGGCUAUCGGAAGCUUUGCUCGGAAUGAAGAUAGGCCUGGUGGUGGGUUUUGCGUUGUGUUUGGUUUUGCGCUUUUGCACCGACGCGGGCGGCGAUGCCUCGUUGAAGUAAGAAAGGCGCAAACCCAGACCCGGCGCCCGCAAAAAGCGGAAGCCAGGGAGGGCCGCGAAAAAAAUCUCCGCGCGCGCUGCGCGCGCGGAGAGAAGUUCUUGCAGCCGAGCCGCAGGCCGUGCGGGCUUCGAAAUGAGCGAAGGGGGUUCGGCAAACUCAACUCCCCGAAUUUGCCACGCGCGCAGCGCCUUCCUUGUGGGGCAACUUCUUCUCCGUGCGGCGCACGCGCGGCCCGGCCCCUCCCAUUCAUAUGGAACGCCUAAAAUUUUUCUCGCGCGCUGCGCGCGCUGGCUGCCCGUCCCCUCUUUGUUUCUCUUGGCCCGUUUUUUGCUCACGCGGGGGCCUCCUUGCUGCAGGGGACGACAAAAAAGUUGUCGCGCGCAACGCACACAGCCUUGGGCUUCCUUCUUUGGGGGGCAAGCCCGUGCAGAAUCCGCUUUGCGCAAGCGGCCUUUGAUGUCCGUGCUUGUGUGGUUGGAGGGCGCCUGGUAUUUUUUCCGCGUACCAGGCACGCAGCCUAGCCUCGUCGCCUUGGGGGGGGGAGGGUCUGAAAGAUCUCUUUCGCACACCGUGCACGCGGAAGCGCACCGAGCUGGCGCAAUUUCCCCGGUGCGUCUAUUUUCUCUGCGUGUGGGGGGAGCCUGCUCUGAUUUGCUGCUAGCCCGGCGGAGAUGGGGCAGCAUGGCGUGCGCGCGGUGGUGCUGACUCUGCUUGCGCGGCACGGCAAAGGCGACGCGCGCGCGGCCCGGAAUUUUCUCCGGACCCGCGGCCCUGUUCCCAAAACCGCAAAAAAAAACUUCUUCGCGCGCUGCCGCGCGCGCGUGCGAAUUCCAUUGGCCCGCUUGCCUGCGCCGCCGGCGAAGGCCACAAGCCGUACGCCCCCCCUGCUGUCCUAGGCCGUGUGGGCGUUGCUGAGCGAUUUCGUUGUGGGGCCUUUGCCGGGCUGCAGCGCGUGGCACAUGGGGUACCGGCUACCCGAGGGAGGCGCCGUGUGUUGCCCUAGGGUGGUACUGGGGGCGUGCCGCGAGUCCUUGGCGCGGCGCUUUUUUUUCGCUUUCUUACUGUCUUUUUUCCCGCAGUGCUGUGUUUAGCAUAGUGUAUUCUGGCUAAGGAUACCCUGGGAACAGCUCACGCGGUGCCAACAUAAGUCCCAGGCUGGCUGUGGAGGUGUUUUUGGUCUCGCGCAGAGAAUGGCUUGGUGCAGGACGCUGGGCGUUUUUCCCGUCGCGCAGUGUUUAGCAUAGGGUAUUCUGGCUACCCUGGGCGCGGCUUGCCCAGGAUAGGUGCGGGUCUGUAGGUCGAUUUUUGCCUCUGAAUGUAGCGGGAGGUCGCUGAGUGUAGCGUAGGGAGAGGCCCCGUAGCAGGGGCCUGUGCCCGGAGACCGUUUUUUUUGUGCCCUGAACGCAUUCGCCCCUCGUUUUCUCUUUAAGAAGUCCGUUUUCCCAUCAUCUUCUUCACGAUGUCGGGGCUUCUCGAGAUUUCCUUCAGAAGGGGACAUUUGGGAAAUCCUUUCUCCUGGGCUUUUCGCAUGAUUUCCUUUGGGAAAUCCCUUCUCCUGGGCUUUCCGCAUGAUUUCCUUUGGGAAAUCCCUUCUCCUGGGCUUUCCGCGUGAUUUCCUUUGGGAAAUCCCUUCUCCUGGGUUUUCCGCGUGAUUUCCUUUGGGAAAUGCCUUCUCCUGGGCUUUCCGCAUAAUUUCUUUUAGGAAAUCGCUCGCCCCUGGGCUUUCCGCGUUAUAGGAAAUCUCUUCCUUAGGAGCCGGCCGCUGAUCUCCGCGUCAACACGUACUGGAAGCAAGCUCCUUCUGAUCUCCACUGCGAAACAGAGCGGAGACGAGCUCGGUGGCUAGGGUCUGGGUGGGAUAGGGCCUGUCAUAAGUAUCGCGGUUUCUCCUUUGAUAUGGAUCAGAGGGUCCGCGAUGUCGGACUUUUCUCCUUUGAUAUGGAUCAGACGACUUUUCUCCUUUGAUAUGGAUCAAAGGAGAAAAGUCCGGACUUUUCUCCUUGCAAAGGAGAAAAGUCCGCUGGAUUGAUACCAGAGCGAGCAGCUCCUGGUCCAAGUCCUUCUGUUUUUGCUUCAAAUCUUUCCGUUUUAGCAUCAAAUCCUUCUGCUUUGGCAUCAAAUCCUUCUGCUUUAGCAUCAAAUCCUUCUGCUUUAGCAUCAAUUCCUUCUGUUUUAGCAUCAAUUCCUUCUGUUUUAGCGUCAAUUCCUUCUGUUUUAGCAUCAAUUCCUUCUGUUUUUGCUUUUUUCUAAAUAUCACACAUGUUGUGAUAUCAGCAGCGCAAUCGACUUUUCUCCUUUGGUCCUGUGAUAUCACGUGAUAUCACGUGAUAUCAAAGGAGAAAAGUCUUUUUUCAAAGUUUAAAGACCCUUGUUGGAAGACGAGAUGAUCUUGAUCUUCGACUCCUAUGCGACGCCGUUUGUCGAUAUAAUGCGACUCCUCCUCGAGAUUGGACCCGAAGACGCAGGUGUGCGCCGAUACGUAGUCGUGUAAAACUAGAUCUACCACGAAGGUUCAAACUCUAUCGAAAAGUGAGCACAACAUGCUGCAACCCAGGCACCCGCCUUACUAGCCUUGCCUGAUCGACGCUCGAAGGUGCAGUGCUCUGAUUUAGCGAAGGAAAGAGGUAGAGAUUUCGAGCACCAUGUAAUUAGACGAAGACAACAAGGAGCAACCACAGAAGUACUUAAUAUUGGUAUUAAACUCAGAUUGCACAGACGCGGCAGUAGGUGCGGACCCUCUCACGAUUUUGUAGAAUGCAGCAAAGUGCACACAUAAAAAAAUAAUUUUCUCAGGCAGCGCGAGCGCCUUCGUUCGCGCUUCCGUAGGUAGUAGACAGUACCAUCGUAGUACGGGUGCGGAGAUGGUGGCUCUAACUCAGAAUGUUCUUCCAUCUUCUUCACUUCUUUUCCCACCGCCCGGGCGUGCUGUGUUUUAUCGUGGUUCGUUUUCUUGUCCUGGUCGUAUCUAAGUAUAACUAAGUAACAGUUUCUCGUCAUUUUGUGUGCUCAGUCGAUGGGAUGGUGGAUAUUGUGGUUUAUUCGCUGCCCUUGCACUUGAGUGGCCCAUAGUCAUAACUUUGACUCACGCGACGGAGUCUGUCUGGAGAAGUUCUCGCUUCGUAUUUAUUAGGACAAGCAAGUCCAAGCUGCUUCACCGACUUGUUAUUUUCGUACCAAGAACCUCGUUCGACACCAG